AACAGUUUGAUUAAAUUUCGCAAAUGUAAUUUCUGCUGUCAUGCUUUGAUUUCACACCCCACAGAGUCUCACUGAUCCGGAAUGUGUCAAUCUGCGGUGCGACGCACAGGGAAGAGGCGCACUGAGGUCCAGUAGGGACAGCCAGGAUCCACCACACCGACCGAGGCGGGGAUACAAACAUAAGCUCUUACUGGAGUCUUAAAGGCAGCUGAGCCAAAAAGGACUUGUUUUACUCAGAGAGCACUCUGUAUUCUCCCACGAGCUCCCGGUCUCGGUAAAUGUUGAUCAGGGUGUGCGGGGUGGUCUCCGCCUGCUUAUCUCUCAGUGUGUGCGUGUCUCUCCUCAGCGCACAGGCGCCCUGCACUCCAGUCUGCUGACACACCGCGAGGACAGUCCGCGCUACACGUCCGCGUCAUUGGACUCUAUGUGGAUACAAAGCCCGGUCACAACACACAUCCAUGGGGAUACUUUAGUGGCAACUGCAACCCAAGACCAUUUACAUGAGAACAGAGCGACACUGAAAGACACCGGAGAGCAAGAGAACGAGAGCUGGCCUUGGUUUGGUUGUGUGACCAGCGAAUGAACCUUGUUCAUGCGUCUCCCUGCGUGCCACUCCCACAUCACUAUGAACUGUGAGCAGGACUUUGCAGACGGGGGCUUGGGAGUGACCCUCACACUACGACUGCUCAUGCAUGGAAAGGAGGUCGGAAGCAUCAUAGGAAAGAAAGGAGAGACUGUGAAACGAAUACGAGAAGAGAGCAGUGCUCGCGUCAACAUCUCAGAGGGUUCCUGUCCGGAGAGGAUCAUCACCAUCACCGGCUCCACAGACUGCGUCUUCAGAGCUUUCACCAUGAUCACAUACAAGCUGGAGGAGGACCUGACUACGCUGGUGGCCAACGGCACCAUCAGCUCCAAGCCACCAGUCACCCUGCGGCUGGUCAUCCCUGCCAGCCAGUGUGGCUCUCUCAUUGGGAAGGGAGGGGCCAAGAUAAAAGAGAUCAGAGAGAGCACCGGAGCUCAGAUACAGGUGGCAGGGGAUUUGCUGCCCAACUCUACUGAGCGAGGGGUGACGAUAUCUGGGAAUCAGGAGUCUGUAAUCCAGUGUGUCAGACUCAUCUGCACAGUAAUCCUGGAGUCUCCCCCGAAGGGUGCCACUAUUCCCUAUCGACCAAGCCCUUCACCAGCUGCCCUCCUCAUCGCAGGGAACCAGGUGUAUGAAGCAUCAGAGUAUGCACCCCACCCUUUGUACUCCGUCACCCAAGGUGGCCUGGACCUCCAGCAGAACGCUGUCUUUCAGGCCUACACUUUGCAAAACCAAUACGGCAUUCCACACUCAGAGAUGGCCAAGCUUCAUCAGCUGUCAAUGCAGCAAGGCCUGAGUCCUAUUGCCCAGCCUGCUUCGACUAUCAUGCCUGGGAUGGACUCCAACUCUCAGACAUCUCAGGAGCUGCUUAUUCCCAAUGAUCUGAUCGGCUCGAUCAUCGGCCGUCAGGGCACUAAGAUCAACGAGAUCCGGCAGGUGUCGGGAGCCCAGAUAAAGAUUGGCAGCCAGCUGGAUGGGACGAGUGACCGUCACGUCACUAUCACAGGAACACCGGUCAGCAUCAACUUGGCCCAGUACCUCAUUACCUCCUGUUUAGAGACAGCCAAAUCCACAGCCCAGGCAGCCACUAUGGCAGCGCCAGUCGACCUCAACAUGGCCUUCACCCAGCAAGCCUCCCCAGCUGCCUCCCCCGCACCCACCCUGGCCACCAUGGGCGCCCUGACCCCGGCUCAUAUGCUGGGCACCCCAUAUGGUGCCAUGCCGCUCUCUGGCCUGUUGGGGAUGAAAUCCGUCCCCUUUCUGACUCUAUCAAGCCCCGGCCCCACUGUAGCCGUCACUGCAGCACCCUCCCACUCCACUCUGGCCGCAUACACCGCCAAAAUCUCCUCAGCCAACUGCAUCAAAAAGCCAGAGAGACAGAAGUUUGCUCCUUACUGAUGCAGCCUCUGGGCUCCGUGUCUGAAGAGUCAGAUGAAGGACAGCUGCAGUGUUCUUCCACAAAACGCCUGAUGUAGCCAUAUCCGCUGGCAGAGAUGCUCUUGACUUUUGUUCUUUGAUGCACCAACAGAGAAGAGACCAAUGGAGAUGUGGAUAAAGCUUUUAAAAGUUAUUUACGGUUAUAGAUAAUUUGUGAGUUUCCCAUGAAUUGAUGGACUGCUUUCAUCGUCACCUCAUCACUGUUAUUGAUCACACACAAAAAGGGCUGGAACCUCACCUGAGAAACACAUGUUUAAAUCACAGUUUUCACAUGUGUAUCUCAUGUUAGAGAUCAGCUUUUAAGUAUUUAUCCUUCAAUAAAUUUGUAAAUUAUACUCAGAUGAAAAAUGCUCUACUGUAUGAUGCUUUUCUACAAUGUCUAUGUUUGCUUCUUGAAGUUUUUAAGAAAAUUUGUAAAUGUCUGGGGGGGUUGGGAAUUUGUUUUAGUUUUUUAUUAAUCUGUGCUAUGGUACUGUACUUUACUGUUCAGUGUUAUGUUCAUUUUGUUGGAUUUUAUUUUGAAUGUGCAACUUGUUUAAUCUUUAUUUAUUAGUAUUGUUUCAUUUAUUAAAAGUCUUUUUUUUCCUGA